AUUAAACAUGCUUAAAAGGUUUGUGCGCGCAUGUAUAUGAAAUAAAAAACAAACAUUUUCGAGAGACUGCUGACCAUACACUUAAAAAAAUUCAGUGAAUGUCAAAUACUCAGUCAAAUAUAAUUGGACUUAUCUUACUUUUCAUUUGCCUUUUGAAAACUACAAAAUCAGAUCCACAAUGUUCAGGUAUCAGUGAUGUACAACGUUUGGAUUGUUUUCCGAGUACUGAUUCAAAUAAGGAUAGAUGCGUGGCUAGAGGAUGCUGCUGGGUACCCAAAAAUGAACAUGAUGGGUUACCGUAUUGUUACUUCCCAAAAGACUAUCCCACAUAUAGUGUAGUGUCAACAGAAAAAACUGAACGUGGAUUUAUUGCUCAGUUGAACAAACCUAAUUCAAGUUAUUAUACAGAUGAAAUUAAAAAUAUUGCAGUCGAAGUUAGAGAGGAAACUUCAACUAGACUGCGUAUACGAUUUACAGUGCCUUCACAACCCAAUAGAUGGGAACCACCUAUCCCAUUGGGACAACCAGAUGAUACUCCAGUGUCAAAUGUCCAGUAUAAGGUUGUUAUGGACAAAUCACCUUUUGGAUUGAAGAUCAUGAGAAAUAAUAAUGAACAGGAAAUACUUAUGGACUCGACGGGAUCAUUAGCCACAGCUUUUAUUUUUUCCGAUCAAUUCAUACAAAUAUCAUUCCGCAUAAACGCUCAAAACGGUUUUGGUCCUGGAGAAUUAGAGCAACAUUAUCCAAAUACAUUUAAUGCAUGGACCAGGGCAGGCUUUUGGGCACAUGAUGGAGAUCCACAUCCAAAUGCCAAUCUUUAUGGUGUACACAAUUUCUUCAUGGGUCUGAAACAUGAUGGAACUGCAUUCGGGAUCUUCUUCCUCAACAGCAAUGCACAAGAAGUAGCUACAACGCCUCUACCAGCUAUCACAUAUCGAACAAUCGGUGGCAUAUUAGACUUCUUCAUCUUCACUGGACCAAAACCAUUAGAUGUCGUGAAUCAAUAUUACACUCUCAUCGGACAUCCACCGAUACCACCAUACUGGUCACUAGGAUUUCAUCUCUGUAGAUACGGUAUGAAGAAUUUGGAUGAAGUGAAGGCAGUACUGAGACGGAAUCUGGAUGCAGGGAUUCCGGUAGACGCACAAUGGUUUGAUAUCGACUACAUGGAUGCAUACAAGAUUUGGUCAGUGGACAAUAAGCGGUUCGGUGGGAUGAGUGAUUUCGUGAAGGAUGUCCUACACGACAAGUACAAAAUGAGAGCUGUGUUAAUUGUAGAUCCAGCUGUCAGCACGAAGGGUGGUAAAGACUAUUUACCAUACAAGGAAGGCAUGAGACUAGGCGUUUUCAUCAAUGACAGUCGGACUGGUACUCCGAUUCUGGGUACUGUGUGGCCAGGAGAGACCGUCUUCCCAGAUUUCACUCACCCAGCCACUGAGGAUUGGUGGUACAAGUCUGCGUCAGACUUCCACAAGCUGGUCAACUUCGAUGGUUUGUGGCUAGAUAUGAAUGAGCCUGCGAGUUUCAAUGGUGGAUCACUCACUGGUUGUCCUUCAUGGAAUAAACUAGA